GGAAAAAAAAAAAAAGGAACUUCUUGAAAUUCCCCCAGAAGGUUUUGAGAGUUGUUUUCAGUGUUGCAACUUGAACAAGUCAGUUUCUAGUUUAAGUUUCCAUCAGAAAGCUUGGUAGGAGAGGGUAUAUAAGCCCCAGUAGCAACAACAGCAGCAACAGCAGCAGCAGCAGAAGAAGAAGAGACAAGUUUCAGACCCAGAAAACUCUGCAGCCUGCCCAGAAGCAAGAUGCAUCCUCAGCAGCUGGUCAUCGCCUGGUUUUCCCUGGUUUUGCUGGCACCUCCCCUCAUGGCCAUAUGGGAACUGGAGAAAAACGUUUAUGUUGUAGAGUUGGACUGGCACCCUGAUGCCCCCGGAGAAAUGGUGGUCCUCACCUGCAAUACUCCUGAAGAAGAUGACAUCACCUGGACCUCUGACCAGAGCAGUGAAGUCCUAGGCGCUGGUAAAACUCUGACCAUCCAAGUCAAAGAAUUUGCAGAUGCUGGCCAGUAUACCUGUCAUAAAGGAGGCGAGGUUCUGAGCCAUUCGUUCCUCCUGAUACACAAAAAGGAAGAUGGAAUUUGGUCCACUGAUAUCUUAAGGGAACAGAAAGAAUCCAAAAAUAAGAUCUUUCUAAAAUGUGAGGCAAAGAAUUAUUCUGGACGUUUCACCUGCUGGUGGCUGACGGCAAUCAGUACCGAUUUGAAAUUCACUGUCAAAAGCAGCAGAGGCUCCUCUGACCCCCAAGGGGUGACUUGUGGAGCAGCGACACUCUCAGCAGAGAAGGUCAGAGUGGACAACAGGGAUUAUAAGAAGUACACAGUGGAGUGUCAGGAGGGCAGUGCCUGCCCGGCUGCCGAGGAGAGCCUACCCAUUGAAGUCGUGGUGGACGCUGUUCACAAGCUCAAGUACGAAAACUACACCAGCAGCUUCUUCAUCAGGGACAUCAUCAAACCGGACCCGCCCAAGAACCUGCAACUGAAGCCAUUAAAAAAUUCUCGGCAUGUGGAAGUGAGCUGGGAAUACCCUGACACCUGGAGCACCCCACAUUCCUACUUCUCCUUAACAUUUGGCGUACAGGUCCAGGGCAAGAACAACAGAGAAAAGAAAGACAGACUCUCCGUGGACAAGACCUCAGCCAAGGUCGUGUGCCACAAGGAUGCCAAGAUCCGCGUGCAAGCCAGAGACCGCUACUAUAGCUCAUCCUGGAGCAACUGGGCAUCCGUGUCCUGCAGUUAGGUUCCAAUCCCAGGAUGAAACCUUGGAGGAAAAGUGGAAGAUAUUAUGCAGAAGUUUUUAAAGAGACAAUGGAAUAGGCCCCAAAAGUUAUUUUCUACCUAAUUUGCUUUUUGCAAAGGAUCAUUAUAAUGUUUUGUAGUAGUUUUACAUUGAAAUGCCAAAUGCCCACUGAAGCAAUUAGCUACUUUAUUUAUAGAUUUUCUAGCUAGCAGGUUGCCACCGACCUUAAUGCUAUUUAAAUAUUUAAGUAAUUUAUGUAUUUAUUAAUUUAUUGUUAUUGAACACUUCUGUGUCAAGAUGUAUUGUAUGUUUCAUACUCUCAGGACCUGAUCUGUAAGGAAUAGGCCCUAUUAUGCAAAAUGUGAAUUUAUGUGUUAUUUAUACUGACAACUUUUCAAACAAGACUACAAGUGCAUCAGUUUUAUGACAACCAGUGAGAACACAGUAUUCUGAUGCCAGCACCAAUAAUAUGUUUGUGAUGGAUGGGAACACAGAAACAGUUAAAUAGAAGCACGGAGACAUGAAUCCAUUUGAAAAGGUUCUGGUGACCGAGAUGUUAGUUCCUGUGUCCGUGAAGAUUUCCUUGAGGUGGUGUUGCUAAAGCAAUUCAGGACCACCUGCACUUCUAAGCAAGUUCAGUUGUUUUAUUUUUGUUGUUGGUGGUGGUUUUUUUUGGGGGGGGAGGCGGUUGGAUGCCUGAAUUUAGAAAGGACCAAAAAAAUAACUGAAAUUGAAAUUCAGCUUCAGCUACCCUGGCAGUCCCCACCUCCAUCUAUCUGUAAGACAUCGGAGAGUGACCCAGAGACAUUGGAAGUGUCUGGAAAGUAAAAAGGUCUUAGGAUCCAAGAGGGAGAACAAGUAUAGUACGGCCAAGCAAACAAAAUUGUCAAAAUUGCCAGCUGCUUUUUAAUAGCCAUGCAAGAAAACACAGAGUUGCAAAGAAAACAAUCAAGAAUUGCUUACUCAUCAGCAUGAGUGAACCUGACUGGUGGAUAUGACCGGACAGUGCCAAUCACUAAGGUGCUACUUUUAAGUAAUGAAUGUGCUUUCUGUAAAGUGAUUUCAUUUGUUUUCUGUUUACUUAUUUCUGACA